AUGGCUAACCAUCCAGCAUCACAGGAGAACACAGCUGUAAUAAUUGAUUCCAUGGUAUAUGCACGAAAAUUUUAUGUUAAAGUGCUAAAAUGGAAACUUUUGGAGGAUUUUGGGGUUGCUCCUCUUGAUGAAGAGAUGAUACAAAAUGCUGAACAAUUUAUUGCUAAGGUGCUUGGUGCAUCAAAGUUAAACUGUGAUGGUGUACGAUUUGAAAAAUACCAUCAGGCAAAGAAUCUCAGCUUCUCUAAACUUUGUCCCCCAUCAUCAACUGAGCAGAUUGAAAAAGGAAUUGGUAUCCCAAGUAAGUGGUUAGUUCCAGUCAUAUUUAGUAUAUAUACAACUGGAUUGUCAAAUGUACUACAGGAACUGAGGGUGAGGUUCAAGCUAAUCUAUUACUCCACAAACGACAUCGACAACACAAAUGAAGAACUAAAUGGUGUUCUUACCAAUAUUGGGUACUGGUAUCAUGAGGAAAAAUUCACUGUGUGUAUCCUAAAAUUAGAAGAAGAAGAAGAAGAAGAAGAUGAAGAAGAAGAAGAAGAAGAAGAAGAAGAAGAAGAAGAAGAGGAGGAGGAGGAGGACUUACACGCAUGGCGUCUUUUUUCACAAGAGCUGAAUUAA